UUUGACAAUGAUAAUGGAAUGCGAAAAUGUCAGUCAGUAAUAUCCCGUAUUGACCUUUCUGUGCCACGAUAUUUAUUGUGCUUCUCUUUCUGUGGGUGUUUAUUCAAACUUUGUAAAUGCUAGUGACAACAUUGAAAAAAUGCCUUUCGAUUUUAGAGGAAAGAAAGUGUUGGUAACCGGAGCAGGAAAAGGAAUAGGACGUGGAGUUGCUAUUGCAUUAAAUAAAGCUGGCAGUAAAGUGUAUGCUCUCAGUAGGACUAAAUCAACAUUAGAUAGUUUAGUGGAAGAAUGUCCGGAUAUUAUACCGAUUGUUGCUGACCUUUGUGACUGGGAGGAUACGAGAGAAAAACUAGAACAGCUGGAAGUUUUGGACGGGCUUGUUAACAAUGCUGGUAUAGGAGGUCACGACUACGAUGCUGUUGAUUGUCCUAAAGAAUACAUAAAACAUAUACUGGACAACAAUCUACUUAGUGCAAUAAAUUGCUCGCAGGUUGUUGCAAAGAAAAUGAUUGAAUCAAAGGUCAAAGGAUCAAUUAUAAAUUGUUCAAGCGUUGGAAGCUUAGCUGCUUAUCCAAGGGCUCUUCCAUACUCUGUUUCGAAAGCUGGUAUGGAUAUGGUAACAAAGCAGUUUGCUCUUGAACUUGGACCAAACGGAAUACGUGUGAAUUCAGUGAAUCCCGCUGUUGUUUACACACCUCUAGUUCAAAAUCUGGUAGAAAACGGAACAUUGUCAUUAGAGACAGUUAUUAAUAACAUACCAAUGGGAAGAAUUUUAACAAUGGAAGAUAUUGUUGAUCCAAUCAUGUACCUUUUGAGUGAUCAUUCAGCUAUGGUAACCGGUCAGAUGCAUGUGGUAGACGGUGGCUGUAUGUCAAGUCUUAUUGUUAAAGUAUAAAAUCCGAACGGAUCACAAUCAUUGUAAUUUUUACAGAUCAAACGAAAUAGUAUUGAACAAAUGACAAAUGUUUGAUUUCGAAAAAAUGAUUGUUUCAAUAUAUAAAAAGAAAUAAAAACUAAAAACAAAUGAAACCAUUUAAGUGGAUUGAUUCGCCUAUGCCGGCAUCUCUGCACGUGGUAUACUAUUAUGAGUGUCGGUUCUCUGACGAUGAGGCAUAUGAUCUCAAGGUCGUUUAAUAGAUAUGUUCAAGGAGCUCCAAUGAGGUCAAUAACCCUAACAGAAAUAAAACAUAGAUAAGCUGGUGCAUCUAAAAAUAUACAAGGACUCGAUAGUUUGUGCAAUUAUAAGCCCCAAUUGAGUUCAAAGCGUAAAC